AUGCAUAAGCAAGGAGGCUAUUCUCCCUACAUUACACACCAAUCUGAAGGGCUAUGGACCUCCGGCCUCUGCGAGUGUCACCGAGAUCCCUACAAUUGUUGCUUCACAAUUUUCUGUCCAUGCAUCGUCGCGGGGAGGAUUGCUGAAAUCGCGGAUAGAGGCACUACAGCAUGUUUUGCUGCGACGUGCGUGUACCUUGUCUUGGAGACUAUGCUAUGUGGAGUCCUGUAUAGUUGUAUGAACCGUUCGAAAAUGCGGAGCCAUUUUUCACUCCCAGAAGCUCCAUGCGCAGAUUUCUGGGUGCAUUGUUUCUGUAACCGUUGUGCUCUCUGUCAAGAGCAUAGGGAACUCAAAAACCGCGGAAUCGAUCCCUCUGAAGGUUGGGAAACCAAUGUUGAGAGAUGGAACCGGGAGCAGAUAACGCCACCAAUGGUUAUACCAGGCAUGACUCGUUAA